AUUACCAAAACAAAUUUUGUACACCAUAUAUUCUAAUUUUUAUUAAAAAUGAAAAAUGGUAUUUUAUACAAAAAAACCGAUGUGUAUUACAAUUAAUCUCGUUUUUGUAUUGUUACGAAAAAAAAAGUUUUUAUGAAAACAAAGUAACUAUAUUUCGAAAUAAUUAAUUAUAUCAAUUAACAAAUAGGAAUGUAUAAAAUUAAUUGUAACGAUGACAUAUGUAAUACUUAGGUGUAUGACUAUAAAAAUAAAAAUCACGUGUAUGUUGUAAAUUAUUUGCCAAUUAUUAUGAUAUAUGCUUAGCAAUUAUUUUUAGUAAUAUUAUUAUUCACAUAGCGUAAGAUAAUAUAUAACGACUAUUAAUAUUGUUAUUAAAAUUUCAUAUGAAACGUUCUCUUUGGACUUGAUUUUGUGAAAUAUGUAGAAGUAACAUGCAACUGUCAAACGAUCGUAAGAUGAACCGAAUUUUAUAAAACCAGUACGUAAUAAUAAAGAAUUAAUAAUAAUUUUUUAUUGUAAUUUACUUAUUUUCACAUAUUUAUCGAUCUGUUCAAUAUUCAUUUAUUUUACGGUGAGAUUGUAACCAUACUCUUCAUAACCUUACCACUGUCAUUCAAAGUUUGUCAAAAUGAUGCAACAAUAUAUGAAGGAAUUAGAACAGGAUCCAUUUGAUCCUGAAGAGUUUGUUGAAAGACUUGCUUGGAGAACAGUUAAUGACACUACAAAAGACAGUGGAAAAACAUUUUUCGAUCCCAUGAUAGUACAUGAAACAUUUCUGCAGGCAAUAAAAGACUUGCAAGUUUUGCAAGAACGUCAACAGAAAAAAUGUGAUAAACUUGAAACAGCAUUGAAAGAUGAAGAAGCGAGACAUAUGCUUGAAAUACUUGAGUUACAAGAAAGAAACAAACAUUCUAUUGAUUUAUUUCAUCAGUUAGAUGAAAGAAUAAAUCUUGUAGCUACGAAGGUUUUGCAUUUAGGAGAUCAGUUAGAAAGUGUUAAUACUCCUCGGGCUAGAGCUGUCGAAGCUCAAAAGUUGAUGAGACACUUCUCAGAUUUUUUAAGUCCUGGCCCUUUGACAGAUCCAAUUUUUACUGAUAAGUCAUCGCUAGAUGAAGCAGCAGAUGUGAUACAAAAACUUCAUCUUAUUUCCCAAGAAUUGCCUUCUGAGAAGUUUGAACAUGCUAAGAAAAAGAUUGCUGUUAAAUACGAUGAAAUUGAAAGAAAUUUAAUUGAAGAAUUUGUUAGAGCACACAAUAGAGAAGAUGCUAAUCGUAUGAGAGAAUUAGCAUCAGUUCUAGCUCAUUUUAAAGGAUAUUCCCAAUGCAUUGAUGCGUUUAUAGAACAAAGUCAAAUGGGUUCAUUUGGUGGAAAAGAUGUUUUUCAAGAUGUGAUACCAAUGUGUACUAAGUACCAUAAAUUGAUGCAACAAGUAUUCACAAAUCCUGAACAAGUGAUGGCAAAAUUUGUGUUGAAUAUUUACCAUUUAAGACUCCAGAAGUAUGCUGUUGCUAAAUUAGCAGAUAAAAGUGAUCCUGAGAAAUAUCUCAGAAACUUAUACGAUUUAUACACAAGGACUGUGAAACUGUCUGUAGAAUUAAAAAUGUUUAACAUGGGUACUGAUGAUACUUACCUCUCAAAACUUACUAGAAAUAUAUUUCAGAAAUAUUUGGAUACAUAUGUUAUCGUUGAAACAAAAUCAUUAAAAGAAAAGUCAGCAGCUCUUCUUAUCGAGUAUUAUGAAUCUAAAAAUCACCAGAAGAAACAGCUGCAAACUGGUGGUUUCCAAGAAUUAAGGAGAGAUUUACAAGCAGUUCUAGGCGCAAGAACUAAUAUAAAUAUCGCUCAAAUAGAAAAUUAUGGUGGGGAGACAUUCUUGUCAGAAGAACUUGCAAUUGCUCUAUUACAGAGAAGUAAAAUGGCAUUCCAAAGAUGCCAGUUAUUGUCGAAACCAGAUGAAAUACCAAUAAAUGCAGUUCAAAUUCUGGAAAUAUUAUUGCAAUAUUUGAUAAGCGAACAUGUUGAUUACGCGUUAGAAUUAGGUUUACAGAGUGUACCAAUUCCCGAAAGUAGAACUCAACCAGAGAUACAUUUCUUCAAUGUUGUACGCCAAUGCAAUGCAAUUGUGCGUCUCUUAGAAGAACAGUUUAAUGACAGUCUCAUACCUCUUGUCAUGUCAACAACAAAGCACGGAGAUUGUAUGUUAAAGAAAAAGAUCGUACUAGACCAAGUAGACAUAAAACUAGAAACAGGUUUAGAUAGAAGUAUAAAUGCUAUCGUCGGUUGGGUAAAAGUGUACUUGCAAAAUGAGCAACGUAAGACUGAUUUUAAGCCUGAAACUGAUGUUGAUACUUUGAGUACUCCAGCUUGUUUAACAGUGGUCCAGUAUGUUACUGGAAUGAUUCGACAUAUUCGGAAUACUUUAGAUGGAAAAAAUUUAAAUAAUGUUCUAACUGAGCUUGGAGUUCGAUUUCAUAAAGUUAUUUAUGAUCAUCUGCAACAAUUUCAAUUCAACUCUGCUGGUGCAAUGUGCGCGAUAUGCGACAUGAAUGAAUACCGUAAAUGCGUCAAAGAGCUUGAAGUUGAUAUAGUUACUACGUUAUUUGAUACUUUACACGCUUUAUGCAAUUUAUUAUUAGUUAAACCAGAAAACUUAAAGCAAGUUUGUACAGGCGAUCAAUUGGCAACAUUGGAUCGUAAUGUUUUAGUGAAUUUCAUACAACUAAGAACCGAUUACAAGACACAAAAGUUAGCAAACUGUUUGAAAGGUUUAGCUACAUGAUAUUGUUUGUUUUCUAUAAAGAUAUUUAUGUGCUGCUAACCAUUAGUGGAAGUAUAUUAUAUAUGAUGUUAAAAAUUAAAAGCACAGUCAGAACAUUACAAUUAUGCAAAUGAAAGCAUAAUAAAUGAGAAUGUUAUUUUAAGUAUAAUAAUAAUACUUCAUUACAUGUUCAGUUGUACAGAAUUUUAUCAAAAAUGCUUUGUAACUACUGACAUAUAUUUAUAAAGUAGUUAUUUUUUUUAUUUUUUAGGGAUUAACUAUGUAUGAGACAAAAUUAAUAAAUAUUCUCUCAUUCCAUAGUUGUUCAAUAAAUAUUAUAUGUAUUUGUAGCAAAUGUAGUAAUUUUAUUGAUAUAUAAGAUGGUCAUUAAGGAUUGUUUCUUGUUCCACGAACGAUUUAUAAUUUUAAAAGAAAUCGUCAUAUAUACAGGCAAUAACUAAGUAUAAAAUUUAUUGUACCAAACUUUUUCUCAUGCUGAUUCCUUUAAUUCUUCUUAAUGCGAUUUAACGUUAGCUUAUUAUUUGUCAAAAAUUUUGAGAAAUUAAAUUAUUAUUAAAGCACAUUGCAUUUCAUUUUGCUACAAUUUGUAAUUAAUUUCUGCAGCGUUUUUUGGAGAGUACCUUCGUUUUAAAUGUAGUUCUCUUGUAUUUAUGUUUAUAUUUUAUUU